CCUGGCUUGGCCACGAUUAUGUGUUCAUCCAUCGCACAGAGCCGCCCGGCAGCCAUGGAGGCGCCAUUACAAGCUGCUUCCCCUCGGGAGAAGGUGUCGAUGAGCUCUCCGCGCAAGCAGACGGUGCUGCGGCCAUUGCUGUGGCAGCGGGGAUGGCUGGGGAGGAUGAAGGAGGACAGCCAAGAAGACACACAGGAAGAGGAGAUACCGGAGGAGCUGCCAGACGAUGCAGACGGCCGCAGUGAUGGUGUUGAUCUGGAGCUUGGGAUACAUCAUGGGCCGUCCGCUGGAUCUGUCAGCCCCACGCCAUCGAUUAUGCCGGCAGAUGGACUGCAGUGCCGCGGCGAGGCUGAUGCAGAUGACCUGCGCUCGGAAGACAUGUCGCGGAGGGAGAGCGACCAUGUCAAAAGCGGUCUGUGCUGUGUGCACAUGCCAUGUUUGUGGUUGUAUGUCCCUGUGCAGGACAGUCAGUGUGAGGAUCUGCUGAUGUGGCGGGCAGAGUGGGGGGACGCGCACGAGGACAUCAGGACACACAUCGGCGCCUUCAUCACCAAUCCGGUGCACGUGGACCUUCUGGCGACUCGCAUACUCAAGACCAUCCGACACGUGACUUGACGUGCACCAAACACACACACACACAGGCAGACACCCUUGCAGCUGCACAUCGCCUUGCUCUCCCUUUUUCUUUGCCGUUCCAGCGCUCGAAUGGCGUGCAGAGUCGCGAGGUUGCUCCCUCACUGGAUGCAUCCAUUUCGUCAUCAGUCGCCAUCGAUAGGUUCAGGAAACAGGCACAGAGCGCCCUGCAGGUGUGGUGUGGUGUUCUGUGGUGUGGGGUUGCGCACUGAAGGCACUGCACACACACAACCAACUCCCUCUUUGUGUGUUUGCAGCGUCAGCGACUCCAUGCGCUUGCAGAGCAACUGGACGACAAGGACGGCCUUAUCGAUGACCUGAACCGACAACUACAGAGACUCAACGACGUGGGCCACCAGCACACGGCACACGCAGCACAGGCAUCUGAUCUCGUUCCAUUUGUUCUCUUCAGGAGAAGCUGGCCGUGCACAGGAGCCUCGAGGGCGCCCUGAGGGAGCGACGUGAUCUAGAGGGCGACCUCACGGAGGCCGACAACACUAUCGAAGACCUCAAUCGCAAAGUGCAGGUACUUACCACCCACGUUCGCACAAACACAGUUGCGUGUCUCUGUGGGCGUGUCGCUGUCAGGAUCUGACGGAGGAGCUGAGAGCACGAAGGACAGAUGCAGGGAUGCGUACGGCAGCAGAUGAGAGACACACAUGGGAAAGUCGGCUAUCUGCCCGAUGGCGGCAGCAGGGUGGUGACCGAUGGCCGCCAUCAGGCCGACAUGACAUCGCAAAAGAGGAAGAAACCGCUUGGUAACAAAAGGGCGGACGGGCCGACCCUCCGGAAUGACUUUGUGCGUUUGUGCUUUGUGUGUGGGGGUGUGUGUGUGCCUUUGUGUGUGUGUUCAGUGCUGUAGUGCAGUUGGAGAGCGAGAAUGCCGCUCUGCAGUGUCGGCUGGACGCAGUGGUGCGGCAGCACGACCAAGACCGGCACACAUACCAAGAGAUCAAACACAAGGUCAGUAAGACGAGCCUCCGCCUUCAUAAGAUCGAAUCAAUGGGCGUCGUGUCGUCGUGCAGAAUGAUGACCUGUUGAGGCGGAUAGCCGAGUACGAGGGCGUCUCCUCUCCCCGCGCACUCACCACCGAACCGAGACAGCCAGCUGCACUGACGUGCGUGCGCACAAAGGACACAUCAACGGACCACUCUUCUUCUUUCCUCUCGGUUUGUGUGCAGAUGUGGUCGGCCGUCGCUGCAUCGGGAGCUGUCGGAUGCCGUCGAUGCAGCCACACCGAGGGCCCCACCACCAGAGAACCGACAGCCACGCACUGAGGUGGACAAGGCAGUGCAAACAGAUGGAGAGGAGAAGGUCAGAUCGACACAGAAGGUCAGCUGGCGGAGACAGAUAGUCUCGAAGGUGUGUCAUGCAGAGUGGUGGUGGUGGUGGGUACCUCCGGUUGCCCCGUGCCAGCGAGGCGGCGAGAGCGGAGCUGGAGUUAUGGAAGAAGUGAGUGAAACAUCAUACAGCGGGUGUCUCAUCAUGAGUAUGACACACAUGCUUAGUGCAGGCGAGCUUUGGAUGCUCAGAUGGCACACGCGGAGGCACGACAGACCAUCACGGAGCAAGACAAACACGUAGGCACUUGAACAUGACGCUGCGUGGUUGUUUGCAUGCAAUUUGCUCGUUUCAGCUUGCCCAGUGGGGGAAGAGGGUUCAAGAACUGGAGAGUGCGCUGGAUGUGGCGCAAAGAGAGCUGGCGGACGAGCAGGCCUCCAUGAUGCGAAGGAAAGCGAGAUGUACCCCUUGCGUGCACCAGUGACCACCUCUGGUUUGCAUGGGAUGGAGGCAGAUGGCUGGUCGACAGAGUCAUCGAUUACGUAUCUCGAUCAGUGGCGAUUGACAAAUACACGAAGUCAGUCUCAAUGGAUGGAUUGGUG